AUCACCGACGAAAGAUCGCCGCAGAAGAAACUUUACAGUUUUAGUAACCUUGGAAUCUCAUCUCUUGUGAUAUAAGUGCACGAGUUGGUACUUCUACAUAUUUAUUAAUUUAUUUCAGUAUAUUUAUAGUUUCAUUUUCAUCCCAACAAAGUUGAGGGCGAAUUUCUAGCCAGCUUUAAACUAUGCGAACCUGAAGAUAUUUUGUCAUUCAAAAUAGCAAUUCCCUCCUAGACAACCAACGAGGAGAAUCCAGCAAAGAAAAGUACAGAGUAAAUAUAUUAACCGAAGCGAAGUCUGGAAUCUGCUGCAAGAAAAAUAUCACUUUACUUAGGCCAGGAGAAAAAGAAAGACUGAGAGAGAAAAUAGCAUUAUACCACUUAAGGCCAGUCCACAACACAGUAAGUAAACCACCAACACUGUAAGUAAACGUUUUCAGUAAGCACCAAUUUACACCUAAAAAAGAAAACAAGAAGCUAAAAGCAAACCACUGACAGAAGAAUCAGCUCAAAACACUAGGAAGAAUCCUCGUAAAACAAACUUCGCAAAAGAAACUUCGUAACAAAUCAUGCCUGUGUGGCCAGUUAUCGCUUCUAAGACCGACAAAUCUCCUCUAAGCCCACAAUGGGUCCAUCCCAAUUCCUCGAGGAAGGAAGUCCGAAACGGGAGCCAGGGACAAAACCGUUACACAUCAGAAAUCAAAUCGACCAAUCAGAGCCCUCCUGAGCUCUAUCAGGGAGACGAGAUCUUCGGCGACAGCCAGACGGAGUUGAUAUCCAACACGAUUUUAGAUCUACCGGACGAUGACGGAGAGGAACGUCAGGAGUGGUCCAAUCCUAUCGAGUUCCUUUUGUCCUGCAUAGCGCUGUCAGUUGGUCUUGGCAACGUCUGGCGUUUCCCCAUGACAGCUUAUGAGAACGGCGGCGGAGCUUUUCUCAUUCCUUAUCUCGUCGUUUUGACUUUUAUUGGAAGACCUCUAUAUUUCUUGGAACUCGCGAUCGGUCAGUUCUCCUCCUUAGGAAGUGUCAAAGCGUGGAAAUGCGUCCCUGCUGUGAAAGGCGUAGGAUUGGGGCAGAUGCUGGGCACGUGGUCAGUGGUGACCUACUAUUGCUCCCUCAUGGCCCUCUGCGUGUUCUACUUCAUCCAGUCGUUCUCGUCCGUGCUGCCCUGGUCCGUGUGCGACUACGAGAACUGGGCUGACGAAAAUUGCGUCGAUGCGUCGGGAAACGCGACGUUCACCAACACCUCUCAGUCCUCCUCCGAGCAGUAUUACUUAAAAUAUGUUCUCAAGCAGUCCGACAGCAUUGAAGACGGCAUCGGUCUUCCAGAGUGGAGGUUGACCUUGUGUCUCUUGUUUUCAUGGGUCAUCUUGUUCUUAACACUGGCCAAGGGUGUCCAGUCGUCUGGUAAGGUGGCUUAUUUCACUGCUCUCUUCCCCUACCUCGUAUUGUUUACGUUGCUGGGUCGCGGGGCGUCUCUUCCUGGUGCCGUCGACGGAGUCAUUUACUUCAUCACGCCGCAGUGGGAGAAACUGGCUGACCCCGGUGUAUGGUACGCGGCUGUGACGCAAUCCUUCUUCAGUCUGUCUGUCGGCUUUGGUGCUAUCAUCACCUUUGGCUCCUACAACAACUUCAAACAGAACAUAUACAGGGACGCCUGGAUCAUCAGUCUGGCAGACACUCUCACCUCAUUAUUGGCCGGUUUCACGAUCUUCUGUAUCCUGGGCAAUCUUGCUCACGAGUUGGGUACCGACAUCAAGGACGUCGUUAGAGGAGGAUCCGGCCUGGCCUUCAUCUCUUACCCAGAUGCCCUGGCCAAGUUUCAGUUUGCUCCACAGCUCUUCGCCGUGUUGUUCUUCCUCAUGAUGUUCACUCUCGGAGUCGGUUCAGCUGCCGCUCUCACUAACAACGUCAUCACUGUGUUCUGCGACCAGUUCCCGAGCGUCAAGAAAAUCUACAUCACUCUCGGAAUAUGCGUCGUUAGCUUCCUCAUCGGACUCGUUUACGUCACCCCGGGAGGACCAUGGAUGGUAGAUCUGGUGGACUACUUCGGAGGAGGCUUUAUCAUAUUCGUAUUGGUUAUAAUCGAAACGAUUUCAAUUAUCUGGAUCUAUGGCAUGAGAAACAUCAUCAGAGACAUCAAGUUUAUGCUCGGGGUCGACUUGGGCAUCUACUGGAAAUUCUGCUGGGCAUUCUUCAUACCCGUCUCGUUAACAGCAAUUCUGCUGUACAUUCUCAUUGAUCUCCGCCUGCCCACAUUCAACGGGAAUGCUUACCCAACUGUAGCAUACGCUGCCGGUUGGGCACUGGCCGGGAUAGCGGUAGGAUUCGUACCCCUGGCCUUCCUGCACUCUGUUUUCAUAGGAGAAGGAAGUUCUCUUUCUGAGAAACUGAUCAAAGUGUUCCGGCCGAAGCCUACUUGGGGACCCAGCAAAAAAAAAUACAGAAAGGAAUGGGAGAAAAUAAGAAGCUUAGAGUGAACACGCAAGAAAAGAUUGAUAAGAAAGUGAUUCAUAAAAAGAAAGGUGGAAAUAACAAUGGUGUAAAAUCUGGGUCAGACGUCGUUACUUCUGGAAGCGAAUCAACAGAGCAUCCUUUCUUAUGUAAAGUUCUUUCGAGCGUAAGGAAACUGUCAACACAUCACACUGAUUUUACUGAAGAGAUUCAGAACGUUCAAAACAUGUGUCAUGAUCAUACGUGUAUCAAAUUAUUUCAGGAAGGAAAGAAAAUAAUCAUCAUUAUAGAUUUUCUUGUAUCGAAAGAAGGAAUUCAAUAGAUCAUAGAUCUCAAAAACGUCUAAAGGACGGACAUACUUAAUGAUAAAGAUUUCAGGACGGCCAUCAAAACAUCAUUAUUCUAUAUAAUGAUUUCUUAAUUUAUGCAAACGAAUAUUAUUAUACACUAUGAUAAUACUUGCAUCUUGAAAGUUCAUGAAGCAAAAAUAGGUCUCUGAUGAGCCAUACAAGGCUGGAAUUCAUCAAGAUAAUACGAGUGACAUAUACAAAAGAAAUUUGUUUUCUUAUUGACGAACUCUGAUAUAACAAUAUAUAUAUAUAUAUAUAUAUAUAUAUAUAUAUAUAUAUAUAUAUAUAUAUAUAUAUACUGACUAUCCAGGUAUGCAAACUGGUAAUUUAAACUAAUCAUUUUACAUAAGAUUUCUAAUAGUCGGAUUUUGAGUGAGCCUAUUUCACAUGCAAUAAACUUUUCACCACAGAAAUGUUGUCUGUUAUGAAAGACUGUGCAUGGCUAUAUUUUAUAUUAUAGAUAUAUUUUAUACACUAGUACAACUAGUAUAUCUGUUGUGACUUUUUUUUAUGUAUUUUUACUAUGCAAAAUAUUCUAAGUAAAUACAAUGUAAAUAAAUUGUUACUAUUA